CAACAUUGAAAGGAACAACUACAAGUCAUUUAUCACACGACAUUGCUACCUUGUACGACCGAAUAUCGGGCUUUAGCACUGCCAUUGACGAUCGAAGAAUUAGCUUUGUAAUAUCAGGACAACAAAGAAGACACGGUGAAAAAAAUCGACUCAAUUUAGAGGGCGCUGUGCUCAAUUGUGCUUACAAUGAGCAAAACAAAGGACAAAGCUGAGAGUGAGCACGCUGUACAUCCACCGCCACCGAAGCGUACCCGAGGAGCCGGACCGGGAGGUGAUAACGAAACCAUGAAAGACAAGUGUGCAGUAGUAGAACAUGGCACACCGUUAGAUCUCACGCUUACGAAAAACUCAAACCACGGUGGAAACUCUGAGACGCAGCUUUCUAGGACAGAUACCGAGAAAACAGCGAUAUUGCUUUCAAGGACAGACACAGAUACCUCAGCAAUGGACAUAUCUAUUCUAUCAUCUCAAGAAUCAUUCAUGCAAAUAUCGCAACAGAGCAUCCCUCGACUUGACCCCAGCUCUGAAGAAGAAAGCGACUCAGAAGAAUCUGAAACAAGUUCUGUUAAAAUUAAUUUAACGCAAGCGACAACCAAGGACUUAGAAGCUGAGGAGACAUUGUUAAAACCGAACAUUGAUAGGUUUGUCGUUUUCCCAAUAAAAUAUCAGGAUAUUUGGAAAUAUUAUAAAAAAGCCCAAGCAUCGUUUUGGACAGUAGAGGAGGUGGACCUUGGUAAAGAUUUGCCAGACUGGGUAAAACUAAAAGAAGAAGAAAGACGCUUCAUAUCGCAUGUAUUAGCAUUCUUUGCUGCCAGUGAUGGUAUAGUGCUUGAGAACCUGGUACAGAGGUUCAGUCAAGAAGUCCAAGUCGCUGAGGCACGGUGUUUCUAUGGUUUCCAGAUUGCAAUGGAGAAUGUGCAUUCUGAAAUGUACAGUUUACUGAUCGACGCAUACAUCAAGGAACAAGAAGAAAAAACUCGACUGUUCCAUGCAAUAGACAAUAUGCCUUGUGUUAAAAAAAAAGCUGAUUGGGCUAUAGAGUGGAUCCAGUCGGAAGAGAGCAGUUUUGGUGAAAGACUUGUGGCAUUUGCUGCAGUGGAAGGAAUCUUCUUUUCAGGAGCUUUUGCAUCAAUAUUCUGGUUCAAAAAAAGAGGUCUGCUGCCAGGGUUGACGUUUUCCAAUGAACUCAUCAGUCGCGACGAAGGCUUACACUGUGACUUUGCUUGUUUAAUUUUUUCACACUUGACGUACAAACCAAGUAAAGAGAGAAUAAGAAAUAUCAUAACCCAGGCGGUUGAUAUCGAGAAAGAAUUCUGGAACGAGGCAUUGCCAGUAGGCUUGAUUGGCAUGAAUGUGACGUUAAUGAAUUACUAUGUAGAGUUUGUAGCAGACAGGCUACUGCUAGAAUUGAACUGUGACAAGGUAUAUCACAGAGAGAAUCCAUUUGAUUUUAUGGAAAACAUAUCGCUGGAAGGAAAGACCAACUUCUUUGAGAAGAGAGUCGGGGAGUAUCAGAAAGCAAAUGUGAUGUCAACGGUGAAUCAAAGGCAGGAGUUCACGCUUGAUGCGGAUUUUUAGUGAGAAUCAAGUCAUCAUAAAACAUGUAAAAUUUUAACAGAAUGAUCACGAAUAUAUGAGCAGUACUGAACUAUGUUACCCACAACCCUUCUAUACUGUCGGUGUUUUUUCGUAUUAUUAUUUUUAGAACAUAAUUGAUAUUUGGCUGCGUUUUUCUGCGAAUUUCUUUUUCAAUUUGUUAAUUUUUAUACUGUGCUGAAAAUCCAAGCAACAAUACCCAACUAUAAUCCAAACAAUCAAUGUCAAAAGGCAAUAUUUACAAAUCUGAGAACACACAGGCGACACACAAACAAAACAAACAACACACUGCCAAAUUGGUAAGAGAGAUACAUGGACCUCGAGGCACAAACCAAGAGGUGAUGUCAGGUGUUUCGAAAAGAGUGAGCACAUCCUGCUCCACAUGUGGCACCCGCCAUAUAUCUCUCUGAGUCACAAUCGUGAAUUUUAGGUCAUCCUCGUGCAAGACAAUUAACCUUUGUACUCCUAUGUUUGGAAAGUAAAAUUUUGUACAAAUUUAUUUCCAGCUAUUCUCCAUUAAUAAAUAAAUGCAAUUUGACAACAGAAAUGUUACCCUUGGUGCGACAUUGGUAAAUUUGACUCAGUAACUCAUGGAUUGAGAAAUGUAGGAGGGUGUAUGCUAGACUUAGUUCACUGUAUUUGCUCUAUUAGUAUACCCCGGAACACAUAAAUUACUAAGCUGUUUCUAUGGUCAAAAUAAGUAAUAAUUUAACGAUUAACGAAGUGUACAACAACAAAUGCGAUUUAACUGUUGGAAAUGUGUUA